GGGUACCACAUUAUUCCAGGUUUUGCAUCUACCUACAAAAGUAUAAAACGAUAUUCGUAGAUGUGACCCAACGUGUCACUUGUACACACGCUUUAGUACAUUAUAGCAGAUAUAGUGAUUAUGGGCGCUUUCAAGUUAUGGUCACUGCUGUCACUACUCGUUUAUUUCUGUGAUGCGGCUAAUAUUUUGUUCGUCAUCCCCUUUACAACACGAUCUCAUUAUAUUAAUUUAAAGCCGAUUGGUUUGGAGCUAGCUCGACGUGGACAUAAUGUGACAGUGAUCACGCCGUACAGAGAAAAGAAAUAUCCACCAAACUAUCACCAAGUCAUGGUCAAAGAUACGAAAAUAUGGGAUGCACUUGGCAAGGAAAGACCAAAUGUCUUCACGAUGGUGGACCUGACUGCUGAGGAGUUCCACAACGAAAUUUUAUGGCCCGGUGGCUUAGCACUAACCGAGGAAGCCCUUCAAUCAUCUGAAGUACAGGCCCUGUUUACAAGCAACACCACAUUCGACCUAGUGGUCAAUGAGCAGUUCUUUCAAGAAGCUUUCUAUGCGCUUGCGAAUAUAUACAAUGCUCCUUUAGCACUAGUUACAACCCAUGGAAAUUGUAUGAAACACAACUUUCUUACUAGAAAUCCCUUACAAUGGGCAACAGUCACCCACGAGUUAUUGGACUUGCAUCAUUCAACAAGCUUCCUUGGUCGACUACGAAACAUGUAUUUCUCAGUUUACGAAUUAUUUUGGUGGAAAUUCUGGUACUUAGAGAAGCAGGAGGAGUUGAUGAGAAAGUACAUACCAGGAUUGCCUCAAAAGAUGCCCAGUUUGUAUGAUGUACAGAAGAAUGCUUCUUUGAUGCUGUUGAAUACUCAUUUUAGUGUUGAUACUCCAACUGCUUAUUUGCCUAAUGUUGUUGAAAUUGGUGGAAUACAUGUAGCUAACAGUACAGGCGCACUUCCAGAGGAUCUACAAAAAUGCUUAGACGGCGCGGUAAAUGGGGUGGUUUACGUAAAUUUCGGUUCAAACGUGCGGAGCUCCGAAUUGAGCCAAGAAAAGAAACAGGCGUUUAUCAACGUGUUCAGGCGACUCAAACAAACCAUUAUUUGGAAGUGGGAAGACGAUAAAUUGGAAGAUAAACCUAAAAACGUGAUAAUACGAAAAUGGUUGCCGCAAGUGGAGAUUCUCGCUCAUCCUCACGUCAAGGUAUUUGUAUCCCACGGAGGUUUAAUCGGGACACAGGAGGCUCUAUACCACGGAGUUCCAUUAAUCAGCGUACCAAUUUAUGGCGAUCAACUAAAUAAUGUUCUGACACUUGAACAGCUAGGUGUAGGAAAACUACUACAUUACCACGAAAUCAAUGAAGAAAAACUAUAUCAGUUAUUAGACGAAAUUCUUAAUAAUAGUUCUUAUAUGGCCAAAGCCAAGGAAGUAUCGAAAAGGUUCGUCGACAGACCAUUAAAUGCGUUAGAUACAGCUGUAUUUUGGUUGGAAUACGUUAUAAGAAACAACGGAGCCACCUAUAUGAAAAAUCCAGCAAAAGAUCUAAGCUGGUUUGCAUAUACUAUGAUCGAUGUAUACCUAUUUAUUGCAUUUAUUAUAUUAAUUUUAAUUAAUGUAUCAAUAAUGUUUUGUAAAUUUCUAUUUUUUAAUAGAAUGAUAAACAAAAUGAAGAUUGAUUAAAUAUUUUCCAUGAAAUUUUUGCAUAGAUUAUUAAUAUUUCAUGUUAAUUGUUUACCGUAAUUUAAGAAGUAUUUAAUAAGCUUGUAAUAUACAGGAACAACUGAAAUGUAAUAACUAUAAGAUAUUUGAUUAAAAACUAAAGCACGUC